CUGUGUGGGCAGCGAGCUCAGAUGUUCCAGCAUGGUUGACCGAGAAGACGAACAGCGGAGCGAAAGCGAUCUACACCGAAGGACCGCAGUGUUCAGAGUCUGACAACGUGUAUCGCCUGGUGAGCGAGCAGAGCCGCGCGGUGUGAUGGCCGCGGCCCCGGAAACGGAUGUGUCCCGCGAGCCGGGACAGCCCGUGGCCCCGCCCCGCGGCAUCGCUAGGCGACGUGCGCCUUCGAAGUUGGUCGCUGCCCGGCGCACCGUCCGCGAAGACUGAGUCGUCGACGGCGAUGACCGGGCUGAGGCAUCACGAGCCCGUGAGGAGUUCGCCGUCAAUGCUGCCGAGUCCCGGGACCCACGGCUCGGACCCGGCAAACUGCCGUCCACCGCGCCUCCGCGGCUUAACUGCUGUCGGAACGCGCAGCGUCUCCAUGGCGACGGCCUUUUUUCGGCGAGGACCCCGGCGGCGGGGCUGCCCCACGGCGCCUGCUGGGCGCGGCCCUCUGAUGGUUAGGGCCGCUGGCCCGCUUGGGGUUGUUAGACGACGUGGCUACCACGGAAGUCGUGGACCAGCGGGCAAGAGGACUUUACCCGGAGUGCAGAGGACGAGGGCGGCCGGACAGCGGGCUAGGUCCCGGGGCCUGCCGUGGGAGCGCUGAGCUGGCGGGGCGGGCCGGGGCGCGGGCGUCGGCUCCUCCUCCUCCUUUUCCUCCUCCUCCUCCUCCUCCAGCAGGGCUAAUAACUAGUAUUUAUAUAAGACAGAAGAAAAAGAUGUCAUUCCGUAAAGUAAACAUCGUCAUUUUGGUCCUGGCUGUUGUUCUCUUCUUACUGGUUUUGCACCAUAACUUCCUUGGCCUGAGCAGUUUGCUAAGGAAUGAGGUUUCAGAUUCAGGAAUUUUAGGGCUUCAGCCCAUAGAUUUUGUCCCAAAUGCUCCCCGACAUGCAGUUGACAGGAGACAAGAGGAGAUUCCUGUGGUCAUUGCAGCUUCUGAAGACAGGCUCGGGGGAGCCAUUGCAGCCAUGAACAGCAUUCAGCACAAUACUCGCUCCAGUGUGAUUUUCUACAUUGUUACACUCAAUGACACAGCAGACCAUCUCCGGUCCUGGCUGAAAAGUGGUUCUCUGAAAAGCAUCAGGUACAAAAUUGUGAAUUUUGACACUAAACUUUUGGAAGGGAAAGUAAAGGAGGAUCCUGACCAGGGGGAGUCCAUGAAACCACUAACCUUUGCAAGGUUCUACUUGCCAAUUUUCGUUCCCAGUGCAAAGAAGGCCAUAUACAUGGAUGAUGAUGUAAUUGUACAAGGUGAUAUUCUUGCCCUGUAUAAUACACCACUGAAGCCAGGACAUGCAGCCGCAUUCUCAGAAGAUUGUGAUUCAACCUCUACUAAAGUCGUUAUCCGUGGAGCAGGGAACCAAUACAAUUACAUUGGCUAUCUUGACUAUAAAAAGGAAAGAAUUCGUAAACUUUCCAUGAAAGCCAGCACCUGCUCAUUUAAUCCUGGAGUUUUUGUCGCAAACCUGACAGAAUGGAAACGACAGAAUAUAACCAACCAGUUGGAGAAAUGGAUGAAACUCAAUGUUGAAGAGGGAUUGUACAGCAGAACACUGGCUGGCAGCAUCACAACACCGCCUUUGCUUAUUGUAUUCUAUCAGCAGCAUUCCACCAUUGACCCUAUGUGGAAUGUCCGCCAUCUUGGUUCCAGUGCUGGAAAACGGUAUUCACCUCAGUUUGUAAAGGCUGCCAAGUUACUCCAUUGGAAUGGACACUUUAAACCAUGGGGAAGAACUGCUUCAUAUACCGAUGUUUGGGAAAAAUGGUAUAUUCCAGAUCCAACAGGCAAGUUCAGCUUAAUCCGAAGACAUAUGGAGAUCUCAAACAUAAAGUAAACUAGAAUUUAGAACUAUGAGCAUUUCUCAGGAAAUCCUUGAAAGUAACAGUGUGGGAAGUAACAGUUGGUAGGCCUCAAUUCCUGUCUGUUGCAGCCCAUGGAAAAAGGGAUGUUUCAGCUGGGUAAAGAUGACUGUCUGGCAGUCAGUUUCUCAGAUAGACUAUAAAUAUGUCUCCAUCUGCCUUACCAAGUGUUUGCUUACUACAGUGCUGACUGGCCAGAAGAAAGAACUGUUAAGACUGAUAUAACCAGUUCAGCUAGCUGGUAUGGCUAGCUCAAAACUGCUGCUUGGUUUUAAUUUUAUAAACCUGUGGCCCAAUCCGUAAAUAAAUCUACAUUUUUCAAUAGA